CAUUUUCUCCCGGCACUCAAACACCAGACAGUAUUCUUUGGUCGAGACAGUCAGCGUUCAUUGACUUCCACUCACAGCUGGUUAUGGACUUUAUAGAUCCCAUCCUGUCCAUUGCCUCACAGAUCUACACCCUGGUUGAGAAUGUGAAGGCCAAUAAGAAACGCUCCCGCCGUGUGUCUUGCCGAGUCCAAGCCCUGGAGGAGCUGGUGAGGUCCAUCAAAAAGAGGGACACGGUUCAAGCCUCUGCUGACGUGGAGAAAGCCCUCAGGGAACUCUCCAUCACUCUGAAAUCAGCAAAGCAUCUCAUCCAGAAGUACACAUUGACCAACUGGAUGGAGCGCAUCCUGAGCUCCAACAGCCAUGGAGACGAAUUCAACAGUGUGAAUGAACGCCUCAAUGAUGCCUUCCAGCUGCUGUCGGGUGCUCUGCAGGUGGAGCAGGGGAACGCGCUGUACCAAGUGUUUGAACUGACCUCCAGGGUGAAAAUCGAUGAGGCCGAUGGGAAGGAGGACGAUGCAGAGCUCAAGAAAUUGCUCCUGGAGUACAUGAAGAAGCAGCAAGAGAAAAUGGACGCCAUGCAAAGAGAAUUUGAACAUGUCAAAAUCAAUGUGGAAAAGCUUGUGGAGAUAUUGAAUAAGCCCAGCAUGACCGACGUGGAUAUUCGAGUGAUCAAACCAGAUGAACUGAAGUACGAGCAUCCCAAAAAACCCUUCAUGAAGACAUUGACCUCAGAGGUCUACAAAGGAGAGUAUAAUGGAUUCACAGUGGUCAUCAAGAGAUAUACAGACCCUGUGAAAGCCAGUCCAAGGGAGGUACGGUCUGUUUUCAAUAAGGAAGUUGAAACCAUGAGACGUUUUGAGUCACCCAACAUCCUGCGAAUGUUUGGCAUCUGUGUCCUGGAUGAGGAUGCGCCCAACCCUCAGUUCCUGAUUAUCAUGGAGUACUGUGAGAAGGGGAGUCUCCGAGAGGUUCUGGAUUCUGCCUCUAAAAUGCCCUGGACCAGAAAAGUUCGUAUGUGUCUGGACGCAGCACAAGGACUCUACCGAUUGCACCAAACUGAGGAAAAAAGUAAGGUUCAUGGAUGCAUCAACAGCAGCAAGUUCCUGGUGGCUGAAGGCUACAGGGUCAAGCUGGGAGGUUUUGAACUGGCAAGAACAGAGACGUCACUGAGAAAGCCAGCAAAGGAAAAAAAGAGACAUAGUGGGUCCCUGUGUUACUCCUCUCCUCAGACGCUCAAAGACAUCAACCACGUCUACAACAAAGAGUGUGAGAUUUACAGGUCAGAAACCUCCCACAGAUUAACCAACCGCUGCUCCCUCAAUCGAUGGCUCGCUCACUCACACACUCACUUGUGGUUCUUGCUUUUUCCAGGGUGUUCAAAUGAGGACAUCUAUCAGAAAGUGUACAAAGAUAAAUUUCAAGAACCUCUUCCUGACGACUGUCCUGAACAACUGGCACAUCUGAUCAAUGCCUGCCGGGACUAUGAUAGCUUCCAGAGACCAUCUGCAGGAGUGCUGCUGGAUAAACUGCGGAGCGUGAUGACACAGAUUGAGGAGUAAUGAAACUCUCAUCAUCAUCAGUGUCUUUGAAGGAAGAUCAGAAACAAGUGUUAUGUCAUUAAUAGGAUUUGUAAUAUACGAAAUACUUAAAUCACAAAAAGGUUUACAAGGAACUAAAAGUUACUACAAGUUGACUGUGACCAGGGGCAGACUUUACAGGGGGUUGGGGUCUGGGGGUAGCAGAGAGUCGUCAAACAUAAUUCUAAUCCUAACCCUAAAACCAAAUCUCAACCCUCAAACAGCCCUUUGAAAAAAUGAGGACUUGUCAAAAUGUCCUCACUUUCCAAUAAUGUCCUGACUCCGUAAAGUCUAUGCUUCAAAUGGUCCUCACAAAGAUAUACAGUAAGUAAAGGAACACUCACACACACACCUUGCUGAUUUGGCUGACCUCCAGUUAGUCACCACUUAAAACAAAGGAUGUGUCAGACAGUUUGCUUUAAUUCUACUGGUAAAUUCAAUAAAGCAUA